AUGUUUGAUGCUAAACUUGCCUCUGUGCCUUUAGCUGCUCAUUUUAUGUUGAGUAAAGAUAUGUGCCCUAAGUCUAAAACUGAUAUUGAAGCUAUGAAGAAAGUUCCCUAUGCAAAUGCUAUUGGGUCAGUGAUGUAUUUGAUGGUGAGUACCAGGCCUGACAUUGCUUAUGCAGUGUCCUGCCUGAGUAGGUAUAUGGCAAAUCCUGGUCCUGUUCAUUGGGAAGCUUUGAAAUGGCUUCUGAGAUAUCUUAAGCAUACUACUGAGUAUGAAUUGUGCUAUUCUAAAUGUAAUGAAGGUGUUUCACUAACUGGAUUUGUUGAUUCUAAUUAUGCUAAUGACAGGGAUAAAAGGAAGUCCACCACCUCCUAUGUGUUUACAAUUUGUAGGUUCUGCAUUAGCUGGAAGUCUCAGUUGCAGCACAUAGUGGCUCUGUCCACUACUGAGUCAGAAUAUAUUGCCUUAACAGAGGCAAUGAAAGAAAUUGUGUGGUUAAAGGGGGUGCUUUCUGAAUUGAAGUUUGUGAAGUUCUCUCCUACUGUGUUUUCUGAUUCUCAAUCUUCUAUUAAGUUGUGUAAAAAUAAUGUAUUCCGUGAUAAAACAAAGCAUAUUGAUGUAAGGUUUCAUUACAUUAGAGAUAUUGUAGAAAAAUGUGAAGUUUUUCUUCAAAAGGUACAUACUGACAUAAAUCCUGCUGACAUGGGAACUGAGAGCUUACCAUUUGAAAAACUUCUUUUCUACAUAAAACAUUUGCAUUUUGAUCUAAGAUAG